AUGGCCGGCGCCGAGGGCGGUCAGCCCUUUCGCAUGCCGCCUAUGACGGCGACAUCGCAUCCUCCGCGUGCCAAUCGGGAAAUACCUUCGCUCGAACCUGAGGACGACUCCGAAUGGGAAUACGAACCGCUCGACCUCGGCGUCUCGAUUGCUAACCUCCUCGCAUGCAAGACUUUUUACCUUACCGUCGACCUGGGCGUGCUCGAUGAGGACGACGAAGACGAAGACGACGAGCUGCUACCUGAACCCGAAGACGACUUGGACGAAGGAGAUCCGGAUCUCGACGGCUUUCCCCAGCGACUACAAGAAGGCGCCGCCGAGGUCGUCGACGACAAGCUUGUAGAGCGCGACAUCGAGAUCCUCGAUCUCCACACCCCCACCCCAUCAUCUCUUACCGAGGCAAAGUCUUUGAGGGGAACUGGGCAGAAGUCUUGGGAACUGAGCUCAUAUUCGCAGAGCACGACGAGUCCGCUCCGCCCCCUCCUUCAGCGGCUUCCCGGAGAUGUCGACCUGCUGGCGGCAAGCUCGGCGCGGAUCCUCACCACCGAGAAAAUACUCAAGAUACCCGACGAGCUCGACAGGCUAAAGAAGACGCGCGAAGCCUACGGGAUCCGCUUACCAGUUCUCGGCAAGCACCACUACGACGAGAAGAAGAAGCAGGUCCGCUUCCUCGAAAAUCUCAUGGCCGUCAAGAUCAAAAGGGCGAGAAGGACAUGGUGA